CAUUAGAAUAGUUUAGUUGCUUUUAGAUACCAUAAUGUAGUCUUCUAAUUUAUAGGUAUGUCUAAAAUAUAAUGUUAAUUGAACAUUAUUUUGAUAUUGAAAAAUGAAGUAUGGAAAUAUGGAACAGGUAACUUUUAAUCAUUCCUGUCUUUCUAAUCAUGUAAAAAAGAUGGACGAAAAAACCCGUUUUGAAAAACAAGAUAUUUUACAAGAAGUAAAAUAUGUACCUACAGAAUUUAAAAAUAACCAAAAAUUUAAGGCUGAGUCUCAAAACAACAAAAAGGAUGAUACCAUAUUUUUAUAUGUUUCUGUGAUUGUAGCUCAAAUGCUGGUAGCCGUAGCAGGAGCUAACCUUGUAUGGACAUCGCCCGCUUUGAUUAAACUGUAUUCAAAUGACACGCAAAUAAAUCCACUUCGAAGACCUAUUAAAACAGUAGAAGUUUCCAUGGUAGCAGGAAUUCCGUCUUUACUGGGCUUAGCUGGUAGUUUCAUGUUACCCAAACUAUCUGACGUUAUAGGAAGAAAGAAAUAUUUGAUGCUUAUUGGAUUGGGGACCCUUAUAGCUGGUGUAGCAUUAGCUUUUAGUAUGGAAAUUAUUUAUAUAAUCAUAUCAAAAUCUUUACUCAGUUUCUUUUUAUCCGGUGCUUGGACUAUUAUACCAGUAUUUGUAGCUGAAAUUUGCGAAAAUCACAAUAGAGCUAAAUUUGGUUGCUUCUUGGGACUCUUUCACGAAAUUGGCCAUUGCUACGCUUACGUUGUAGGUCCUCUUUUUUCUCUAAAGAAUUUCACUUUGAUAAUAACUGCACCAGCAUUGGUUUUUCUAAUGAUCUUCGUCAUAGUUCCCGAAAGUCCCAUUUAUUUAUUAUCGAAAGGAAAAGAAAAGAAGUGUAAAGAAGCCUUAAGGAAAUUUAGAAAUAAUAAAAGCGAAGAAGAGUUAGAAGCGGACUUUGUUCAAAUAAAGGAAACUUUAAAAGGUAGAGCUGAGACUAAUAAAGGCAACGUGUUGGAUUUGUUUAGGAAAAGAGAGAAUAGAUUUGCUUUAUUGUUGGCUUUACUUCCGUUAUUAGUUCAAUCUUUUUCUGGUAUAUCGAUUUUAAUGACCUAUUUGGCACCGGUUUUUAAUGCAGCUGGUACCAGUAUUUCAGGGGAUAUUGUAGCUAUUAUUAUUUCGAUUGUCAAAAUAUCGAGUUUUACUUUUACUUCUUUUGUGGUAGAAACAUUCGGCAGAAAGAGAAUGCUACUAAUUUCAGCCACAGGUAGUGGUGUUCCACUUCUUGUGUUAGGUCUGUAUUUCUAUUUACAAUACAUUAAUUCCGCUUUGUUAGACUCUAUGCAGUGGCUUCCUUUAUUUGCACUUCUGUCUAGCACCUUGAUGUUUUCAAUAGGUCUUGGUCCAGUGCCAUUUGCAUUGAUUAGCGAACUGUUCCAAACUGAUCUUAGGGCAGCUUCUAGUGCUGUUAUAAACACACUUUUUAAUAUUGUAAUGUUUAGUUUAACUGCUUGUUUUCCGCUAAUUUCUGAAGCGUUUGGAAUUCAUUGCUGCAUAUGGCUGUUUAGUUCGUGUUCCUUUCUUGGGGCAAUUUUAAUUUAUUUCUUUUUACCAGAAUUGAAAGGUAAAAGUUUUACUGAAAUACAAGAAAUGUUAAAAAUGUAUUAACGAUAGUAAUGAAAAUAAACAUAGAGGUAAACAUUUUUUUUUUAUUAAAAUUUGUUCUAUCAACUUCUUUGAUAAGAAGAUUGUAUAGUAUUUGAGUAAGUCUAAAUUAACUUUUAACUUACCUUAAAUAACUAUUGUUGGCAAUUUUACCUAGAGUCGCCUCUGGUCAGAGAGAUAAGCAUAUAAUGACAACGAUGCAUGAAUAUUCAGGCUUUUUGUCAUUACCAUGUUGGUGUUUCACAGGCAUCAUUCUCACUGUUGCCAAUAUGAGGGUAAAUGCUUAUAUUUCUAAGCAUUUGAAACUUGUGGAGCAAAAGUGGGAGCAUUGACCCAACGACUUUAUAUCUACUAUCUACAGGAUAGCCGAGUUUCCCGACUUCUUUCCGAAGCUGUUACGUCACCGUCAGUUCACUUUCAAACGUAGGCCAUUUGAAAUGUACAAAAAUACCAUCUUCUUUUUUUUGAAAUUACACUCGUUAACUUUUUUUUUGUUUAAAAAAUAAACUUUAUUUUGUACAAUAUAUUAUAUUUUUUUUGUUAGUUUAUUACAUAGAAAUAGUAUAGAAAACCAAUUCCAUAUAUCAAAAAUGAAUCGAUAAAGAGAAAAUAGUGUAUCGGAGCUCAUGCGUAUAACGGUGCUGGCUCGAACAGGACCGGUGCAAGUUUUUUAUUGAUCGAACAAAUAGUUUACAAGAUGUUUCAGUCAUACACUUUUAGAGAUGAUUCUAUAUAAAAAAACGAUGAAAAAAAUACAAGUAUGGUAAAUAUGGUUCUGAAAGUCCUUAUUAAGAAAGAUAUGACAUAAAAUAUAAAUUAGUUAAUUUUUGGCAAUCAUUAAUGCUAUAGUCACGAUAUUUUGCAUGUGAUCUGACAUCUUAUUUGAUUUAGUAUCAUCAUUUGCUACAAGUAAAUUUAGUCUGGAGAUAUUAUGGUCAAUAUUUUGUUACAUUUUGUCAGCCGAGACUAUGAGCCGUUACUUACAAUUAUUAAAAAACCUUUUAUGUUACUAUUUUCAAUAUAAAUUAUCCAAAGAUGUCUGCAUCUCCCAAGAUUCAAAAUUAAAAAAUACUACAUUUACUUGGUACUUGAUACAUAUUUUAUUUUAAUUUUGAACCCUUUUAAAAGGAUCUUUCGGUUCCAUAUUGAAAGUUAGUCGCUGCUUACUAGAAACAUUCUGUAUAGUCUAAACCAAUUUACGGAUUGUUUUAGAUCAGUUAAAUAUAAAGAUUUAAAGUUUUUUGUCGUAGAUUACAUUCCACAUCAGCACAUUGCAAACCUAUUUGAUAGAUAAUAAGAAUAAACUUGUAAAUUAUUAAUUUGGUAGUUAUCUCACUUAUAAUUUUUUUGUUUAUAUGACUCUUUUGAUUUAUAAAUAUAUUUUGGCCUUACAUUACCAAGGGUUUUGUAUCUAACACUGUUUUUAUUGAACGAUGAAUGUUGACAGGCGUUCACCUUUUUCGGAACAAGAGGCGCUUUAACGACGGAAAUGAUUUCCGAACUAUCCAGUUAGUUUUCGGAAAACUAGAAAACGUUUAAAUAAAGUCGUCAAUAAUAUUAGCGUGUUGUUCAUGUGUUUCAUUUUGAUCAGCUUUCAUUCUAAAUUGCAUAGAAUACUCUUCCUCCGAUUCGAAAUCGAGAUAUAUUAUUUCUAUGGUUUAUUAUAAGAAUAAGUUCAAAUUUAUAAACAGAAAAUGUCCCAAAAAUUAAAUACAAUGAGUAGAAGUUAUAUCUUACAUUUUACGAAAAAAAUUAUUCUCGAUAAAAAGUUUUGCAUCACUUCGAAAUCAAAAAUCGAGCAUUGAAUUUUUUAAAAUGUAAGUGCUAUACAGGAAAAAUAAUAGUGUAAAAUACUCUUAAAUUUCAAUAGAGAGCAAAAUGUUAAUAGGAAUUAAAUGUCAAACCAAAUAUGUAAACACACGUGUCUUGCAAAUAUUUUCAUGUAUAAAUAAGCUGUAAGGUAACGUAAAUUUAUUAUAAAAAAAAUAAAAGAUACUUUUAGGUAUAAGGGGAAAAAUUAUAUUUUACACAAUAUAUAUUGUUGUGGUUUUAUUAACCUCACAAUUUAAAAAAAAAAUACACACUAAACUUCACUUACCCUUGCUAGCUUCUUAAUAUAUUUUAGCACCUUUUUUUUAAAAGCAGAUUCUCUUUAUAUCCGUGGU